AGUUAUGAGUGUUGCACAGUUUACCUGAAACCGAAAAUAAAAAGUGCGUUCAGCUAGUGAAGCUACGAAGGUGAAUCUGAAAGUAUUGUGUUUGUGGAAAAUUGUUGUUUUGUUGGAAUAGCUUGAAGCUAUCGCAUUUGCAAAGUCGUCUCGUAUGUUGUUCUUUUUUCGUUGGUGAUCAGUGUUGGAAAUUUCUGGAUACCGUCAAGAUACGGUAAUAAAGCCACUAAAUUAAAUCGUUGUUGAAAUACAUCUCUCGUGCUCGAACAAAAGAGGAGGUGAAUUUGUGUUUUCAAAGCAGUGGGUGAAACAUCCAACAGGGUGGAGCACCGACAACAUUCCAAUAUUCCACUGUUCAGUAGGGCACCGGAACAUCCGGCAGCCAAUGAAAUUAACGGCCUCAAAAUGAGUCUCAACGAAGGGAACGAUUUUCUGCAGGACGAUUGGUCGGGUGAGGAUUUCAUGGACACCCUGCUGAAGAUGGACGAUACGAUGCUGUUCAGCGGACCGGGCACCGACGCCAACGGUGGCCCCGACGAGCUGGACGAAUUCAUGAACCGGCUGAACAAGAACUACGCCAACGAGACGUGCCUGGGCGAGCAGCCGGUCAUGUCACCGCUUUCGUCGCACUCCUCCUCGGAUCAGGACUUCCACGGGUUUCCGAGCGUGACUGGCAGCAGCGGCGGUGGCUCGCUAGACGGUUAUCUCGACGACGAUUUCACCGGUGGCAGUGCCGGUGGUGGCAGCCUGUCGGACGAUCCGGCCACCUUCAAGCCGCUCCUGAUGAACGUGGACUUUACCAUGCUGAACGACACCGACCCGAACUGCGCGACCGAGCAGCAGAUCCUCUCCUCGGGCGCCUCGGACAGUGGCCUAUCGAGCGAUCAUCUGGACCUGGACCCUAAUACCGAGUAUGAAGCACUCAGCCCGGCACUUUCCUCACCCGGACCGUCGAUCAGCGAACGUGGAGGUCAAAACUCGCCGCCACGUUACGUGCAGACGAUCGAAAUGCAUCCAACGGAGACAAUGCUGCAGCAAAUGCCCAUCAAACCAGCACCGGCCGCAAUGCAAUCGCUGAUCGUUGGUCAACAAACGAUGACGACAACACCGCCGAUCGCUAGCGUGCAGCGCACGGCAAUGUCGCAGCAAAAAUCGAUCGUCAAAACACAGCUUGUUAGUUCGAGCAUGACAUCUACACAGCAGAAGCCAUCCACAAAAUUUAACACGGUGACAGCGGGGGGUACCACGGCCGUGUAUCACCCGGGAACCGGCGCUGGCAUUGCACCGAAGCGACUCGUUACAACGUCCGUCGUUUCGGGCAGCAACGGAAAGGAGCUAAAGAUCAUUCGCAUGGCGACGAUGAAGAACGGUCAAACGGUUGCGGUGGCCAAUGGGCUAACGACCGCUAACCAUUCGGCCAACAAGAAGGUAACGCUACAGCUGAAGAAUACCCCGGGGGCCGUCAACACAUCGGCAACCAACGGAGGAACGAUGCUGCCGAAGAAUGUUGUGCUAACGUCGGCCCCGAACGGGGCCGGUGGUGUGCGCAAGAUCAUUCGCAUGCAGCAGCCAACCCAACAGAACGGCCGCCCGAUACUGGUGCCGGUAACGAUCCAGGAUCUGCGUACGAUCAAGAUUGUGAACACGUCCAACUUGAAGAACAAAUCGGCCAACAUUAAGCUGGCGGCGGCUAACCUGCUGCAGCAAUCCAAGCAGGGUCUGAUUCAGAAGAACGUCGUCCUGAGCAAGGAUCAGCUGCUGGUCGACGAUGGGCUUUCCGAUGCCGCACCGAGCUCGUCCGACUCGGAGAGCUACGUGUUUGAGGACAUUAUGCAGCAGAGCAACUCGGUGAUUGCGGAGGUCGAGCGCCAGCAGCAGCAGCAGCAGCAUCACAUGAUCAGCGACUCGGACGUCGAACCAGACGGGGAUGACGAUGGGGAUGACGAUGACGUCGAUAUGGAUGACAUUGGCAAGGGACGUAACAGGAACGGAACCUACCAGAAGCUAGUGCUGACGACGGAAGAGAAACGGUUGCUGGCCAAGGAGGGCAUCACUCUGCCAACGAGCUACCCCCUCACGAAGCACGAGGAACGCGAACUGAAGCGCAUCCGGCGAAAGAUCCGCAACAAAAUUUCUGCCCAAGACUCGCGUAAGCGCAAGAAGGAGUACGUCGACGGGCUGGAAGAAAGGGUAAAACAGUGCACCGAGGAAAACCAGAACCUGGUGAAGCGGAUCAAGAUAUUGCAGAGUCAAAACCACGAUCUCGUCAGUCAGAUGAAGCGCAUCCAGUCGCUGCUGACGAAGGGCACGAGCAAGACCACCCAGCCGGCCACCUGCCUGAUGGUGCUGCUUAUCAGCAUGGCGCUGGUAGCUGUCCCGAAUCUGAAGCUCGGCAGCACACCCGCCCAGCAGAACAUCCAGGACUCGAUCGAAAUGGCCGAGCUGCGUCAGGAGCCGGCCAACGACAAGCUGCAGGUAUCGCCCCAGAGCCGCCGCUCAUUACUGUUCGACACCAAGGAACAUUCGGCCGCCAGCAGCACCAGCAGCGAGGAGGAGGUAAACUUUGACGAAAUCAUGUCCUCGUUCAACGCGAACUCACUGAUCGCCAACGAGCACGACUACUUCACCGAGGUCGAUGGUGGUGCCACCCGUGGCUACGAACCACCCCACGCGAAGCGCCCUCGUGUCGCCACGACGCUGAUCGACUACGACGUGGACGACGACGUGUGGAACGGUGGCCGCAAGAUUCGCAUCAAGCAGGAAGCGCAAGGCUCGAUGUCACCCGACAGCAGCAGCAACAAUGAGCUGUUCGAGCAGAAGGUACGCGAGUUUCACGCCACGUUGCAGAAGAGUGUCCACGACGUGCAGCAAGAGUUCAAGUCGGCGGAAGCGCUCGCUCUGGCCGACUCAAUCAACAGCGAGCUGAUCGUGGACCGCGAUCUGCUCGAUCUGGUGGCAAAGAAGGACAAUGGACUGUACGAGCUCAACUUGGACACGUUCUCGAGCCUACAGGCGAAGGGACUCGACGGUGUGGCCGCCGGUAUCGAUCUACUCCGCGUGCCGGAAGCAGCUCCGAUCUUGGCCGGUGCCGACACGACCGGCACCGAAGGAAACGCCGACGCACGUAAGCUGAACGCCUCCCAGCAGAUCCAGCAGCAGAACAACAAACGUAAAUUGUUGCUAUAAAAAGGGGUCAUUGUUGGCAAUGGGUGGAGAGUGUAGGAUGAAAGCUGGCUGUUCAUCUUUACCACAUCCACAAAAACACACACACACACACAAAGCUGCACAGAAAAACACUGUGCAGUCUUGUGUACCAUAUGUAAAUACUUAUUGUAUUGUGCGAUCAUAAUUCGCUUAAGAAGAUGCACCGAGGGCUGUUUUAGUUUAACCACAACGUAUCCUUACCCACGGUGGUCCAAACAGCACUAAUUUAGCUACUAGUGACAGAGAAGAAGGAAAGGAGGAGAAGAAGGAGGAGGAGCAGGGUACAUUGCAACAGGAAGUGCAUUUUUUUCUUACCCGUAUUUUUUCUCAUGUGUACCCGAACCGAACGGAAAAUACACAUUCGAUGUCCUUGCAAAAUGCCUUAGUUGGUAAGAGUUAGAGAAAAACGGAAAGGGAAAACGUGACAGAGUUGGAACACAUUGUAAGGGUUCUACAUUCAAGUAUUCUACUACGCCGGUACUACUAGACAUUGCUAGAAGUGUAACUGUUUUUUUUUUAAUUUUUAUUUUCGUUUCAUUAAUCUUAACGGAAGGUUUUAUUCUCUUUCCCACUUGUGUGUUAAUGCUUCCCAUCGUGUAGCUCCUUUUGUUGUUGGUGUUUACUGUGUUUCACAUAUGAUUCCAAAUUGUUGCAAUCGCUCCUUCUCACGCUUUUGUUUUAGGCUUCUUCCACAUGAUGCUUAUUUUAUUAUGCGCUAGUUUAAGACGGCUGUUGUUUAGGAUUUAAUCAAAACAUCUUAUGUGCAAUUUAUCGAUUUGCUGCCGUGAAACGUCUAGACGGUUUGUACCGUCUUCAUUCGAAACUACCCAUUUGGGUGUACUUUUAAUCACGUCACGGAAACAGUAAAUGUACGGUUACGAAAACGUUA